AUGAUGCGCUCGCAGGCGGGGAACCCGCUGCUGAUGAGCGCGAGUAAGCCCAAUGUAGGAAGGACGCCUUUGAAUAACGUACGGAGAGGCUCGAUGUGGCCCGGCCAGGCGGGGCCAAGUCAAGCUACCGGACCUCAGGCGAGCGGAAAGGACCCUCGCCCGCUACGCGAGAAGUCCUACCAGGCUCUCAUGCGCCGCGACAUCAUCGAAUACCUCAGGAGUUGCGGUAUGGAAAUCACGAACGCGACCCUCGCAAAUAUCACCGCGAAGGACUUUCGUUCUAUUUUCAAUUAUCUGAUCCAGAUGCUCGACCCGGCGUACCCUUUUAACCCGGGCGCGCGGCUCGAGGAGGAGUUUGUGCCUGCGCUGAAGGCGCAGAGGUACCCUUUCGCGCAUACGAUAUCGAAUAAUUGGCUCGCUGCGCCUGCGAGUAUGCAUUCCUGGCCGUCGCUGCUGGGCGUGUUGCAUUGGCUGGUCGAGCUCUGCAAGCUCAAAGAGCAUUACGUGAAGAGCUCGCACCCGACUCUGCAGCUGACAGCAAAUAUACCCGACGAGUUCGACAGUGUUUACGAACAUCGUGCGCUCGCGUUCGAGUACUAUGCGAACUCCUACGCGAUGUGGUUGGAAGGCGCGGAUGACUUUCCGGAGCCGACGCAAGAAUUGGAGGAGCGCUAUGCGCGGAAGGUCGAGAAAGUUCAACAGGAGCUGGACGAGAUCAACAAGCAGACCGUGGCGGCCCGCGAGCAGUUGAAGGAGCUACGCGCGUCAGCCGACCCUAUCACGAAGCUGCUCGAGCAGAAUAAACUGCUCAAGUCGGACUCCGUCAAGAUGAGGGGCAUCCUCGAUGUCAAAGCGAAGAAGAAGGGGAAACUGCAGAACGAGAUCCUGGACUUGAAAGCGACGCUGAUGAAGAACGAAAGCGAUCUCGAACAACUCCACGCCGAGCACGAGAAGUACUUGGGCAUCGUGCGCACGCAGAACCUCUCCCUCGAGGAAGUCCAGCAGAUGAACACCAGCUACGAAACGCUCACCCGCACCACCGAAGAGCUCAAGACCAAGCUCCUCGAGGCCCAGCGCGCCGUCCACUCGACCGAGAUCGCCGUCACGCACCGCAGCACCGCCGCCGAGGAAGCGCUCGACGCCUACGAGAACCUCCUCGCGACGCUCGGGCUGUUCCCGCCGCUGCAGCCGCCGUGGGAGGAUAUCGACCUGAGCCUGCAGCUGAACACGGCGGCGGGGGAUACGCGGGAUCUGUUGGUGGGCGCAGAUGUGAAUCAGGUGGUGCUUCCGACGCUGGAAGAGAUCGCGGCGAGGAAGAGGGCGGAGAGGGCGGCGUUGGAGAAUGAGAAGAUGCAGCUGGACGAUGCGCUGGAGAGGGUGACGCUGGCGUGCGAGAAUCUGGAGGACGAGAAUGGGCAGUUGCAGAAUAAGGCGGAUGCAAUCAACGAGCAAGCUGACAACUUGCGCGAUGCCGCUCAACAAGAAGCAUACGUCGCGUCCCAAGAAGCGAGUCGACUGGAACGCGAACUCGCCCAUGCGCGCACUGUGGCCUUGGCGAACGGGAUGGGCGUGAAGUCCAAGUUGUCGGCGCUUCAGAUCAGUUACAAGGAGCAGAUUGAGAAGGUCGACCGGCUCAAGGAGCAGACCAUUCACGCCAUCGUCAAGAGCAGCGAGGAUAUCGCCGAGAUGAAGAAGGAGGUCGCGCAGCACCUGAACGAGAUGCGCGAGUUUGCGGAGGCGGACUGA